AUGGCCGACGUCCAAACCCCGACGGAAGCCAGUCUCCUGUCCACCUCGAACCCAGCUACCGAGUAUACCAGGGCAGAGUCGGAGUCACAGUCGCAGUCGAAAGAAGCAGGCGCGCGAGUCACCUCGACGGAAACUCUGGCUCCCACAACCGGCACAGGUACACCUGCGCCUACAACUGCGGUGAAUGGUGACAAGGGCAGCCAGCCAGCCACGCUCACGAAUGGUACACACGCUCACGCGCCAGAACCCACCACGUCGAUAGCUACAGCGGUCCCAACCACCCCAGCCACAACCACAUCGACAUCGACCUCAGCACCCCCGCCCCUGACGGACGAACCCAAGCAGAACGGCAAGGCCGUUUUUAGCGAUGAGAACGACCCGCCGUUGUUCUCGGCUUCAUUGAUCUCGGAGGAAGUAGCGGCACGGUUGCCAGAAGGGUAUACCAUCAGACCACUGCGACGGAGUGAUUACUAUGGCGGCUUCCUUCCCACGCUCCGUGUCCUUACCACGGUCGGCGAACCCACGCUCGCGGAAUUCAAUGCCCGCUACGACUUCAUCUCCUCCCGCAACGAUACGUACUACAUCCUCGUGAUCUGCGACGAGACCGCCACGGUGGUCGGCACGGGCGCCGUGAUCGUCGAGCGCAAAUUCAUCCAUAACAUGGGACUGGUGGGCCAUAUUGAAGACAUCGCCGUGGCGAAGAACCAACAGGGCAAGAAGCUGGGGUUGCGCAUCAUUCAGGCGUUGGAUGCCGUGGCGGAGAAGGUGGGCUGCUAUAAGAGUAUUCUCGACUGUAGCGAGGCGAACGAGGGAUUCUAUGUGAAAUGUGGGUUCAAGAGGGCGGGCUUGGAAAUGGCGCAUUAUUACGAGCCUGGGCCGAAGAGCAGUUACGAGAGGUCGUGA